AUGGCAAACAUGAACUCUCUUGUCGUCUACAUCCUUCUGGCAGAAGCGGCCUUGUUGUCGGCCGAUCCAAUUCGCGGCUGCUACUUGACGAACUGGGCGCAGUAUCGACCGGAGCCGGGCAAAUGGAGCUUUGACAGGUACGAAGUCGGCGCGUGCACGCACAUUUUUUACGCUUUUGCCCAAACCGAUACGUCUGGAGUUGCGUCAUCGACCGAUGCAUCCGAUUUGACCAACGGUUACGCAGGCUUGAAGGCUUUGAAAAAGAAGCAAGCUGGCCUCAAAACAAUCUUGUCCUUUGGGGGUUCCAGCUUUGGAAAUUUUCCCACCGUAGCUGCAAGCGAAGAAUCCAGGCAAACCUUUGCUAAGAACGUUGUCGCGUUCGCCAAGCAGUAUGGGUUUGAUGGAGUCGACAUUGAUUGGGAGUUUCCCACCGCUGAUCAAAAGGAUUUGUUUACUCAGUUGGUGCAAGCCGUGAAGACGGCCGGAGGCGGUGAUUUUUUGGUUACGGCCGCUGUCACCGCAAACGCAGACACAGCCGCUCAAAUCUACGACUUCGCUAGCCUUCAGAAAUCGCUUGAUUUUCUGAACAUUAUGGCUUAUGACUUUCAUGGAACCUGGGAGACGGUCACUGGUGAGAACGCACCUCUCUAUGGAAGCGGGAAAUUUACCGUAGACUAUAUUACCCAGUAUUAUAACAAGGUAUAGUAGUUUGUCUUAGCGCUCGUCACCUUGAGGAAUAAUGUAAACAUAAACUUGUUAUUUAGCACUUCCCUGCCGCAAAAAUACUGCUUGGCAUACCAACUUACGGCCGUGGAUGGACCUUGGCUUCGAGUUCUCCAAACCAAGGCCCAGGCUCAGCGGCACUAUCUGCUUCUCCCGCUAUGGCUACCACUCAAACUCAAGGAAUCCUUUCCUACUACGAAGCAUGCCAAGUAAUUCAACAAGGAGGUGUGUCCAGCUGGGACAACACUUCGCAGGUUCCUUAUGUUCAGCAGAGCAACUUGUGGUACAGCUACGACAAUCAAAAAUCCGUUAGUUUGAAGGCGACCUAUGCUAAAUCCAACGGCUUGGCUGGUGUCUUUGUAUGGACAUUGGACUUUGACGACUUUGAAAACGUCUGUAAAGAAGGAAAACUGCCGUUAUUGAACUCUAUAAAGUCAGCAUUGACAUAA